ACAUGAGCGAAGCGCCAUGCAGCCCCCGGACUGCUAGGAGGCGCAAUUUUACCCCAAAUCCCACACAAGGAAGCUUAGGACUCGACUCCAAAAUAAUCACCAAAGUACAGGGAAACUGUACGACGCUGUCCCUGUUCAGAUGGGAUGGCAACCCUAACGAACGAACGGAGGGCUUUUGCGCACAAGAUCAACAGGACAGUAGCGUCUGAGGUCAGAAAGCAGGUUUCCCGAGAAUAUGGCUCUCCGCAGAUGUCCAAAAAACGCGGUGGAAUUCAUCAGCCGGUGCCUCUGACGGAGGUGGUGGAGCCAAUAGACUUUGAAGAGUAUGUCAGCAGUCAUCCACCAGGAGCUGAGUCAGGGUGCUUGAGACAGCUGCUGGAGUUUCCCAGUGAUGAUCUGGAGCUGGUUCUUCAGGAGAGAGAGUGUGCUACCAUAGAGCCGCCUCUACCUGACGAGGACUGUCUGGAUGCCAGAGUGAGGGAUGCGUUGAGUGUCUACACUGACGACUGGCUCAUCAUUCAGAGAAAGUAUCAGAGAUACAGCACAACUCAGACACCUCACAACUCUGAGCGGCAGCGGGAGAAGCAAAAAGGCCUCGUGAAACAAACCUUUGAGCUGGAUGAAGCCUCUACUGACCGCCAGGAUGAGCAGGAUGACUCAAAGAGGCAGUCUGUGUCGCUGGAUGACACACCGCGGGGCAGCUGGGCCUCCAGUAUAUUUGACCUAAAAAACUCCACUCCAGACUCACUGCUGCCCUCUGUGCUGGAGCGCACGGCAGCCGAGGACAUGGACAGGCGCAACGCUGAGAACCGCCUGCAGGGGCGCCACGCUAAUCUGCUGGGGCUUUACCCCGCACCGGAUGAGGAUGAAGCCGUGGAGAGAUGUGUCAUCCCGGAGGUGCCCAAAGAGCACAGCGGCCAGAGGAUCAUGGUCAAGUGUUUGUCACUCAAAUUUGAGAUUGAAAUUGAGCCAAUCUUUGGAUCAGUGGCUCUGUAUGAUGUCAAGGAAAAGAAAAAGAUUUCAGAAGAUUUUCAUUUUGAUCUGAACUCGGAUCAGAUGAAAGGUUUGCUCCGCCCACAUAACCCCCAUGUAGCCAUCUCCACCCUUGCCCGAUCUGCUAUCUUCUCCAUCACGUACCCAUCCCCUGACAUCUUCCUUGUCAUUAAGUUGGAGAAAGUUCUUCAGCAGGGGGAUAUCGGCGAAUGUUGCGAGCCGUACAUGGUCAUGAAGGAGUCUGACUCCACUAAGCAUAAGGAGAAGCUGGAGAAGUUAAAGGGGCAGGCUGAGCAGAUGUGCACCAGGUUGGGUCGUUUCCGAAUGCCCUUCGCCUGGACAGCCAUUCAUCUGCUUAACAUCGUAAGCAGCGUUGGCGGGCUUGAGCGCUCAGAUUCAGACUCGGAUACAGAACGUAAAGGGACAUGGAACGAGAGGAAGAAAAAAGGCUUCGAAAGGAUGAGCGUUGGAGACGAUGUGUGCAACUUUACCAACUUCCGCCCAGCAACUCUCACCGUCACCAAUUUCUUUAAACAGGAGGGGGACAGGCUGAGCGAUGAGGACUUGUAUAAGUUCCUGGCAGACAUGAGGAGGCCGUCAUCCGUCCUCCGUCGACUCAGACCGGUGACAGCUCAGUUAAAGAUCGACAUCUCUCCGGCCCCUGAGGCUCCUCACUACUGUCUGUCUCCGGAGCUGCUCCACGUGAAGCCGUACCCUGACCCGCGCGUACGCCCCACUAAAGAAGUGCUGGAGUUUCCUGCUCGUUACGUCUACACACCUCACACCACCUACAGGAACCUGCUGUACGUUUAUCCCCAGUCUGUGAACUUCAACAGCCGGCAGGGUUCUGUGAGGAACAUCGCUGUGAAGGUCCAGUUCAUGGCAGGAGAAGACCCCAGUCAGGCCAUGCCUGUCAUCUUUGGAAAGUCAAGCUGUGCAGAGUUUUACAAAGAAGCAUACACACCAGUUAUCUACCAUAACAAGUCCCCAGAGUUCUACGAGGAGGUAAAAAUGAAGAUUCCUGCCAACCUCACGGAUAACCACCACCUGCUCUUCACCUUUUAUCACAUCAGCUGCCAGCCCAAGCAGAACACCCCAUUGGAGACCCCCGUGGGCUACACGUGGAUUCCUCUCAUGCAGCAUGGCCGUCUCCGCACCGGCACCUUCAGUCUGCCUGUGUCUGUGGAGAAACCUCCACCCAGCUACUCUGUUCUCACUCCUGAUGUUCAGCUACCAGGAAUGAAAUGGGUGGACAACCACAAAGGAGUUUUUAAUGUGGAGGUGUCCGCGGCAUCUUCAGUACACACACAGGACCCUCAUCUGGAUAAGUUCUUCACUCUUGUGUAUGUUCUGGAGGAGUACUCAUUCCCUUUUCGACUGAAAGACGUUAUAAUCACAGAGGCAAAUGUGGAGGCGGAGCUAAAGGCCAGUAUGGCUGCUCUGAAGGGGGCACUGCUGGACACAUGUGUGCGCUUUUUGCAUCAGCUGAUGAGCAAACUCAUACUGUUAAUCGUUCACCCACCUGUCAUAGCAGGACAAAUCGUAAAUCUUGGCCGAGCUGCUUUUGAAGCCAUGGCCCUGCUGGUGAACCAGAUCCAUAAGAACCUGGAGGGGAACCAGGACCACCAAGGCCAUAACAAUCUGCUGUCCUCCUACAUACACUACUGCUUCCACCUCCCCACAACCGAGCCUGUGGCGCCCCCUGCAGGAGCUGCACAAUACGAGCUCCCCAUCCAUUAUGCAACGCUCUCCAGGGCCACAGGAAGACCCAGCACCCUGCUCCUGUCCCGCUCCAAGAGCAUCAGUAACUCCAACCCUGAUCUGGCCUCCACCCCUGCCACCCCCGAUGAAGAGGUGCAGAGAAUUAUCGGCAGCAAGGGGAUAGACCGGUCACAUUCCUGGGUAAAUUCUGCUUAUGCUCCGGGGGGCUCCAGGUCCGUACUUCGUCGGAACCCAAACUCCAGCUGUGAGCUCAAGCAGGCCAGUGAGCGUGGCUGUAACCGCAUGUCUGCCUUCAUCGAGACCUCCUCCAUUAUCUGCCCACCCUCCAGGCAUAUAGCCAAGAAGUUGCUUCAUGAAGAACUGGCUCUUCAGUGGGUGGUGAGCACCAGCAGCGUCAGGGAAGCCUCUCUGCAGCAGGCCUGGUUCUUCUUUCAACUUAUGGUCAAGAGCAUGGCCCAUCAUCUCUUCCUGUCCUCACGUCUGGACUUGCCCCGACGACAGCGCUUUCCAGACCGCUUUGUGGAUGACAUCGCCGCCCUAGUGUGUGCCAUCAGCGCAGACAUAGCCAGCAGAUAUCACAAGGAUGUCGAGCUAGUGGAAAGGUUAAACAGCAGUCUGGCAUUUUUCCUCAAUGACCUGCUCUCCCUUGUAGACAGAGGCUUUGUUUUCAACCUCAUCCGCUCUUAUUAUAAACAGAUUAAUAACAAACUGCACACAGCUCAGAACCCAAGCUCUCUAACAGCACUGAGGAUGGACUUCAUACGUAUCGUCUGCAGUCAUGAGCACUACGUCACCCUCAAUCUGCCCUGUGCCACACUCAGUCCUCCCGCCUCCCCUUCACCCUCCACAUCCUCCACCACCUCUCAGAGUUCAGCUUUCUCCAGUCACGUUCAGGAUCAGGGAGUGGUCAGCAUGUUUGAACUGUCUGUACCCUUUCGCCAGCAGCACUUUCUUUCUGGUCUACUGCUCUCUGAACUGUCUCUCAUCCUCGAACCUGAUGGAGAGGGCUUGUUUUUCCUACACAAGAAAGCUAUCAGCGCGCUGCAUUCACUGCUGUGCAGUCACGACGCGGACCCCCGCUACACCGACCCCCAGGUCCGCUCGCACAUCGCCCAACUCUACCUGCCACUCCUUCCCAUCGUUAUGGAGACGCUGCCCCAGCUUUACGACUUCACCGACACAUCCGCUCAGCGUGCACGUCACGCCGCUGCGCUCGUCGACGAUAGUGACUCGGACAACGGCACCAUCAGCCAGUCUGUUGCUAUGGCGAUAGCCGGCUCCCCGCUCCCUCAUUCCAAAGCCAACCCAUUCACUUUACCUACAGUGACAGCGCGCCCAUGCAGCGCCCUCUCCGCUGAGUGCAGCCGGACUCUGUUGGUGUGUUUCUUGUGGGUGUGGAGGAACGCAGAUGCAGGUCUGCUGGAGCGCUGGGUGUCAGACCUCUCAGUCCCUCAGAUCAACCGUUUGCUUGAUCUUCUGCACCUGUGUCUGUCCUGUUUUGAAUACAAGGGAAAGAAAGCCCUGGAGCGGAUCAACAGCCUGACCUUUAAGAAAUCUCAAGACAUGAAGGCUCGUCUGGAGGAGGCCAUACUGGGCACCAUCGGAGCCAGACAGGAGAUGGUCCGCCGCUGCAGAGAGCGAAGUCCUUAUGGAGGUCAAGAAAACGUCCGGUGGAGAAAAAACGUCACCCACUGGAGACAGAACGCAGACAGAGUGGACAAAAGUAAAGCAGAGGUGGAGCAGGAGUCUGUAGUGGAUGGAAACUUGGCGACAGAAGCUGCUCUAAUAGUCUUGGACACGCUGGAGAUUAUAGUGAAAACCGUGGUGAUGUCAGAGCUGAAGGAAAGUGUUUUGGGUGGAGUAUUGAGAGCGCUGCUCCACAGUAUGGCAGGAAACCAGAGCGCCCUCUUCCUGCAGCACUGCUUCAGCACACAGAGAGCUUUGGUCUACAAGUUUCCAGAGAUGUUGUUUGAAGAGGACACAGAGCUGUGUGCAGACCUUUGUCUGCGGUUACUGCGUCACUGCAGCAGCAGCGUGAGCACCGUACGCAGCCACGCCAGCGCCUCCCUUUACCUGCUCAUGAGACAGAACUUUGAGAUCGGAAACAAUUUCGCCCGUGUGAAGAUGCAGGUGACCAUGUCUCUGUCUUCACUUGUGGGAACCUUUCAGACCUUCAACGAAGAGCAUCUGCGUCGCUCCUUAAAGACCAUUCUUACCUACGCUGAGGAUGACCUGGAGCUCAGAGAUUCGCCCUUUCCUGAGCAGGUGCAGGAUCUGGUCUUCAACCUCCACAUGAUUCUCACCGACACCGUGAAGAUGAAGGAACACCAGCAGGACCCAGAGAUGCUCAUAGACCUCAUGUACAGGAUCGCUAAGGGUUAUCAGAACUCUCCAGAUCUGAGACUUACCUGGCUGCAGAACAUGGCAGGGAAGCAUUCAGAAAGAGGGAACCACGCCGAGGCAGCACACUGCCUGGUUCAUAGCGCCGCCCUGGUGGCCGAGUACCUCAACAUGCUCGAAGAUUGCCGCUAUCUUCCCAUCGGCUGUGUGACCUUCCAGAGUAUCUCGUCAAAUGUGUUGGAAGAGUCAGCGGUGUCCGAUGAUAUCCUGUCUCCAGAGGAGGAGGGCAUCUGUUCUGGGAAGUACUUCAGUGAGUCGGGGCUCGUCGGGCUUUUGGAGCAAGCAGCUGCCUCUUUCAACAUGGCCGCCAUGUAUGAAGCCAUAAAUGAGGUUUAUAAGAUCCUCUGUCCUAUUCACGAGGCCAACCGAGAUUUUAAGAAGCUCGCCUCCGUCCACGGCAAACUGCAGGAUGCGUUUAACAAAGUAUACAAUCAGAGUUCAGGAUGGGAGAGGAUGUUUGGCACCUACUUUCGCGUGGGCUUCUACGGUUGCCGCUUUGGAGAUCUGGAUGAGCAGGAGUUUGUUUAUAAAGAGCCUUCGAUCACCAAACUGUCUGAGAUCUCGCACAGACUGGAGGAAUUUUACUCUGAGCGAUUCGGUGAUGAUGUGGUGGCGAUCAUUAAGGACUCCAACCCUGUUGACAAGAACAAGCUGGACCCCAAUAAGGCAUACCUUCAGAUCACAUACGUGGAGCCCUUCUUCGACACUUACGAGCUGAAGGAGCGCAUCACGUACUUCGACAAGAACUAUAACCUGCGCACGUUCAUGUAUUGCACGCCGUUCACACUGGACGGCCGGGCCCACGGCGACCUGCACGAGCAGUACAAACGCAAAACCAUCCUCACCACCUCUCACGCCUUCCCCUACAUCAAGACGCGCAUCAACGUCAUCCACAAAGAGGAGAUCAUUCUGAUGCCAAUGGAGGUGGCGAUUGAAGACAUGCAGAAGAAAACACAGGAGUUGGCCUUUGCCACCCAUCAGGAACCCUCUGAUCCAAAGAUGCUCCAGAUGGUCCUCCAGGGUUGUGUGGGCACCACUGUUAAUCAGGGUCCGCUGGAGGUGGCUCAGGUCUUCCUGUCUGAAAUUCCAGAAGAUCCCAAACUCUUCCGGCAUCACAAUAAAUUGCGUCUCUGCUUUAAAGACUUGACCAAAAGGUGUGAGGAUGCCCUCAGGAAGAACAAGUCUUUGAUCGGUCCAGAUCAGAAGGAAUACCAUCGAGAGCUGGAGCGCAACUAUACUAAACUGAAAGAAGCUCUGUUUCCUCUUAUCAACCGCAAGAUCCCUCAACUCUACAGACCACUUCCUCUACCAACCCCACCAACACAGAGGAAUUCUCUCAGCCGAUCCAGUUUUCGUCGGGUGGAGUGCUGAGGUGUGGCAGAUUGGAACGCGGGUGGAUGUGGAGCCAGACGUGAUCUCUCACUCCACCAUGUCACCCCUGCACCCACCACACACUAACAAACUGCACAUUCCUCUCAUGCUCUCUCUCUCUCUUCCUGGGCGAGUAAAGGAGCACGAGUGUGUUUAUUCUGAGGAGUCAUCUACUGUAAACAUAGUCAUUAUAAUCUUCAUGGGCAAAGCAGCUUAGCUGGUCAGAGUAGUCAUUAGUAGGGAAGUCAACUCUUACUCGACUUCUUCAGAGAUAAUUUUAGGCUCUGGCCAGCACACGGCAUACUCCUUUACACUUCCUCCUCUUGUUUGUUUGUUUGUGUUGUUGUUGUUGUUCUGUGCGAGUGCAAGAAGGGAAAGCCACAGUCCUUCCAGGAAUUGUUCUGUGAAUGUGUUGUUGUAGAAAUCCUCGUUAUGCUGUUUGAUUUAUUAAAUCAUUCAUGAUGUCUUUUUGAAGACUGACCACUGACAGACUCGCUUUGAGAUGAACUACCAAUUUAAUCUAGUUAGCAUCCUUUGUUAAAACUUGUUCUGCUAAAUUUAAUACUAAAUUUGUUUUCAAGACUAGACGUAGCAGAAGAAGAAAAGAAAAGCAUAUUUAGUCAUUAACUAUGGAAGUUUCCAAAGCGCACUAACUAGCAGAUGAGCACACUAACUUAGUUUCUGCACUGACUGCUAUGAAUAUUUACUUUAGCCAACGCUGCACAGAAUCACACAUUUAGACGAAUGUUUUAGUGUUAAUGUUAUGUUAUUAUUUACGUUAUGCACAAGUAUUGAAACUGGAAAAAGAUUAAUGAUUUACAUAAAAGCAUUUUGUAAAGAUAAAGGAUUUGGUUUUUGAAUGUAGCUACUGCCUUGAAUUAGCAAUACUACUUUAGUCUAAUAUACACUGCUGUGUUGAUCUGUCUUGCACUAUUUUAAUGUUUUUGUGACUUCUCCUGUUUGACUGUAUACUUUGCAAAUUGCUGGACGAAAUACUGUAUUUUUAAUAGCCAAAAUGUUUUUUAUUUAUUCUGAUAUGUUCGUCUCUUUUCUACAUUUACUUUUUGUAUUAAAAGAGAUUUCUUCUAAA